AUGCCAAAAGAGGAGGAGGAUGAAGGUAAUAAUGAUGAUAAUAAUAAUCAAGUAGAAGAGGAAUGUAAUAACGAUGAAGAGGAACAUAAUUACGAUGAAGAGAAACGUAAUAACGAUGAAAAGGAACGUAAUAAUGAUGAAGAGCAAUGUAAUAACGAAGAGGAAGAAAUACAUCAAAUCGUUGAAGCGUUAGAUGCAUAUGAAGAUCUUGUCGAUAUCAUUCACAAUUCUCAAUUUGAACCUACCCAUAUGGUAAAAAAUAUCCAAAGAUUCCAAUCAUGGAGAAAACGUCUUCCUCUCCUACCAAUAAUAAUAAAGUCUAUUAAAAUUUCACCAAAAAAAACUCCAUCAACCUCACGAGGAUCAAAACUUUCGUAUCAACUCUCAAUUAGUGAAAUUAUAUGGCGUUUUCUUAAUAAUCCGAUGCUAAUGAAGCAUAUGUAUUUUGGACCCGGCAUUAAUUCUGAAGAAAAAUCAGAAUUUUGGCAUGGAAAUUUAUGGGGGAAAUCCCCACUUUUUGGACAACACGAAAUAUUAAUAUCAGAAGUAUUGUACCGAUCUGGUGAUUUUGUUUACUAUCAUGAUGAUAAUGGUCAAAAAAAACUUGGAAGAUUAAGAUCAAUUUUAAAAAAUCAUGAUGGAUAUUAUCAGUUACGAAUUCAAAAAAUUUUGGAAUAUAGUGAUUUACCCAGAAAUUUAAAAGGGUUACCAAGACAACGUUGUUCUAUUACCGGUGAAGUAUGGUUACAGGACGAACGAUUUUUAAUUAUAAUGACUUCUCAAAUUUUAGAAAAAGUAACUAUAUUGAUGAUGUUUCAACAUCAAAAUAUUCCUGAUGGUUCAUUGCGGAUUAGUGAAAUAAUUUAUAAAUGUAAUGACCGUUGGCACGUUCGUAAUGUAAAGCUUUCAUACCUACAUCCAUCUGAUUACAUUUCUAUUAGAAAUCCACCAUCAUCAUCUAUGCCAAUCUAUAAGCUGUUUUUAGAUCUUUAUUAUGAUGAUUUUGGUACAUUUAGAAAUGUAUACCAUUCUCUAGGUGGUGUUUAUGUACAGUUUGGAAAUAUGCCAGCACAUCAAAGAAAGCUAAUAAAGAACCAUUUUGUUAUUGGGUUUAUCCCAUUUGGAGGAAAAUUUGACGAAUUUAUGAUACCAUUCAUUUCAGAAAUGAAGGAAUUAGAGAAAGGAAAGGUGAUGACUGUCCAAGGACAAGAUGCAUGGAUAAUUGCUGGUUUAGGCGUUGUUACGGCAGAUUUACCUCAAGGUAACGAUAUGACAGGAGUACUAAGACAUAAUGCAAAUAAGGGUUGUCGUACUUGUAAAACUACUAAAGAAUCAUUGAGUGCUCACAAUCAGGAUAUCGUAACAACAUUACGUUAUCAUCAUAUUACAGACGAAGAAAUCUUAAAAAUUUCUCAUGAGACUAUAAUGUCAAGAAGAGAUCAACUUUGUACGGAAUAUGGUUUACGAUCAUUACCUAGUAUUUUAGAUAAAUUAAAAAGGGAAAGACAUUUACAGACGCCGCAGGAUGUUUAUCAUGCGACUGCAGGAAAGAUUGGGCGGCUACUAAAAUUAACUUGUGAAUUAUUUUCACGAGAAGGAGAAGAUAUUUUUAUCGAAAUUUGGAAAAAUUUUGAAAUCCCAAAAAGAUGGUCUCGCUUACCAAAUCCGAUUACUCACUACAAUAGCUGUCUCUUAUACACAUCUAGAUGUGUAUAA